AUGGCAACCGAAGCCAGCCAGCGCCACCGAGUCACACCAAGCCAAGCCAGGCCAAUAGACAUUAGACCAGGCCAGGCGAGGCCAAGCGAGGCCAGGCGAGGCCGUGCAGCUUCCGCGCUCCCAGAAUUUUGCCAAGAAAAGUUUGUUGGGGAGUUAGGCCUCUAUAGUUGCUACGCGCACAUCCUAAACUCAAGCCUUCAACUCCGGCCAUCAGUAUUGCUCCUACAGCCUGACUUGUGGAAAUCACAACUCCUGUAUUUAACCAAGUCACACGGUGUUUCCAAUAAGCAGAUACUUUUAUACCAAAUUCCGCUUCCAUUAUUUGAGAGCAGAGAUUUAACUUCAUUAAUCAUACAAUAUGUCGGCCCGCGGUUCAUCGGUCACCCGCCGCCGCCGCCGCCGCCCGUGGUGGCCAUCCGCUCGAUAACUGGGUGUAUGGCAGCCCUUGUUUAGUGACCCACAGGCACCGAGUUCCGAGAGCUUCCACCUCCCUUCCCACUGGCCACCCUCACCCUCUCCUUCCUCGCCCUCUCCAAUUCUCAACUUCUCUCUAUCAUCGCACCGUUUCCAGUGUUAUUUGUGUAAAGCAGAACGGUCUAAUUGAGUAAAAAAUAUAAUUAAAACAUAUCAAUAAAUAUGACAUUUUUAAAUCG